AUGACUUUUGCGAUUACUUCGUUUUUCCGUUCGGUAUAUCUCUCGCGCAACGAAUGGACAUUUCGCAACUCAAUCAUCCAACGUUUGCAGAUGUCCCAAACCCUGCAGGCCAACUACGAUUUCGCCGCGUUGGUCAACAAUAGUCGCGCGAUUCAGGUGAGCCUAGACACUUGGACACUUUGCAACCGGUUGCCCAUUUCAGGUGGUGUGCACGAUCGUCCAACUCGUGCUCAUCUACACCGAAUCCGGCGCGCUUUCCCUCUUCACGUUCCUGUUCUACUCGCUCCUCGUCGCAAUGCACCUACUUCAUUUGGCGCGCCGCUGGUAUUACAACAUUGACGGACGGUACGAUGUGCGGCAGAUCAUUCGCGACAACGAAGUGACGCUCAGGAUUCAGUACGCCGUUGGUAAGAGUCGUCGCCUAGUUGCAAUUUCGCCCGAAAAAUGCAAAAUGUUAAACGGCGCGUCCAAUGGCUCGGAAACGCCGCAAAUCUCGCGGAUUUUGCACUCCAAAGUCGGCAGAAAUUUGCGGGAAAUGCGGGGUGCGCACACAGCUGAACGAGUGUUACCGUACACCAUAAAACUACGGUAUUUUUUGAAAAUUUUUAAAUUUCUCGAGAAUAUUUGUAAUUUUUUUCAAAUUUCUUGGGUAAAUUUUCAACGGUAUUUUUUUGAAAAAAAUUUAAAUUUCUCGAGAAUAUUUGCAAUUUUUUUAUAUUUCUUGGGUAAAUUUUUCAACGGUAUUUUUUUGAAAAAAAUUAAAUUUCUCGAGAAUAUUUGCAAUUUCUCACAUUUCUUGAGUAAAUUUUUCAACGGUAUUUUUUUUGAAAAAAAUUUAAAUUUCUCGAGAAUAUUUGAAAUUUUUUUCAAAUUUCUUGGGUAAAUUUUUCAACGGUAUUUUUUUGAAAAAAAUUUAAAUUUCUCGAGAAUAUUUGCAAUUUUGCAAAUUUCUUGGGUAAAUUUACAACGGUAUUUUUUUGAAAAAAAUUUAAAUUUCUCGAGAAUAUUUGCAAUUUUUUUCAAAUUUCUUGGGUAAAUUUUUCAACGGUAUUUUUUUGAGAAAAGUUUAAAUUUCUCGAGAAUAUUUGCAAUUUUUUUCAAAUUUCUUGGGUAAAUUUUUCAACGGUAUUUUUUUGAGAAAAAGUUUAAAUUUCUCGAGAAUAUUUGCAAUUUUUUUAAUUUUCUUGGGUAAAUUUUUCAAAAAAAUACCUUAGUUUUAUGGUGUACGGUAACACUCGUUCAGCUGUGCGCACCCCGCAUUUCCCGCAAAUUUCUGCGCCGACUGGACUGCAAAAUCCGCGAGAUUUGCGGGGUUUCCGAGACUUUGGACGCGGCAUAAAGGCCGCCUGAUCUUUUCAGCCAUCUUCUCACCGCUGAUCCUCGGCUUCUUCACCUGGACGUUCGUCGAAUUGAACAACGGCCUCGUGCACUCACUCUUCCACCUCUCCGUCAUGAUUCAGGCGAUUGACAAUCGUGAACAGUUUUUUUGUUUAACGCAAGUAGUUUUCAGGUGAUUUUGGCGGCGGCUCAACUUGGACUCGAAUUCUACGAAGUGGUGAUGGCGAACAAGAGCAAGUGA